AAAUUCAAAGAGACAAGUUCUUUUUGUUUUUAUAAAAUAAAAAACUUUAAAUUAAUAACAACGUUGAAACGGGGAAAUGUACCUCUUCGGAAAUAUUUGGUUAUUUGUUUUUUUAACACAGAAAUGGAAAACAAUCGAAGGAACUAAAAUCCUACAUCCUCUGGAAAGCUUUGAGUCAUCUACAGAGUUUGUAUUGGAUGAUGCUGAUUUCAAACAUAGCACAUCUGAUCGUUGUUUAACUCCAUUUAAUAGUGGUUUGUGCCAAACCAAGUUGAUUGAAACAUUGAAUUCAGACUAUAUAGGAAAAAAUUGUAAGAAGUAUCUUAAUGAAAUCCAUACCAGGCUUUGCCACCAAAAGUCACCUACAAAUGGUCAUCAAGCAUAUUGUGAAUUAAAUUGUGAUAGAGAGUUAUGCAACUCAAUCUUUGAUGAGUCAAAAUGUAACAAUCAAAGUUCUGCUUAUUACUACGAAAAUGGAGCAUGUAAACAUGGAAUUCAAUUAGACUGUGCUUCUCAUCAUUUUUCAUCUCUAGAGGAAUGUAAAAAAAACUGCAUUAGUUUAGGAAGUCAUAAAAUAAAGAGAAGGGAUAUUCAGGAUUUAUCUUGUAACUGUGAAAAUGGUGGUAAAUGUGUUGAUCCUAUAGCAGGAAUAUGUGUGUGCCCAGCUGGCUACAUGGGAAAUAAGUGUGAUAAAUUUUACUGUGAUGAUUUUUGUGAAAAUGGCGGAGUAUGUGCUGGUCCCCUUACAUGCAAAUGUCCAACAGCAUAUUCAAGCAAAAUUAAUCCAUUUUGUAAACAAGCUAUAUGCGAACUAAAUUGUGGCCCUGGAGGUUAUUGUGGGUUUUCUAAUGAUGGUCAACCUUUGUGUAUAUGUCAAAAAGGUUACAGUGGUGCCAAAUGUGAUGAAAAGAUUAUUAGCAAACUACCUGUUGAAAGUGGUGUCUGUAAAACUUACAUUGAUGAUAUUAUCAACAAUACAGACAAUUACAUAAAUGUAUUUGCUUCAGUAAAAGAGAAAUCCUAUUGCUUAAAUUACAUUAAUGAUAUUUCACUUAAUUGUUAUUCAGACAAAAUACUUCCUAGAUAUACAUUAGAAAAUUGUUAUCAUUUUUGUGAUAUUAAUCGAACUGGGAAUGUUUGUGGUUUGGUAUUUAGUGAUUCUUGUCCGUCUUCUAAAAAAUUUGCUUAUGACGAGUCUUUGAUGCGUUGUGUUGAAUUUAAGUACAAAGGAUGUUUAGGGAAUAAAAAUAGCUAUGAUUCUUAUGAAAAAUGUGCACAGCGGUAUUCAGUUGCUGGAUUAGGGUAUUCAAUAAGUACAGCUGUUAUGAAAACAUGUUAUGUUCAUGAUAAAAUGCAGUACAGUACAUUUGAUGGUCUAAAGUAUCAACUAAACACUGGAUGUUCUUAUCUUUUGGUCCAUGACACUGACUCACAAAAUAAUUUUGAUAUAAUUAUCAACAAUGACCCUAAAAUGAAUUAUAAUACCACAGUCAAAAGAACACUUGAUAUUAAAGCAGAUAACAAAGCCAUACAUUUGGGACAAAAAAUUGGUGAUUUGUUUAUAGUUCGGGUUGAUGGAAAUUUGGUUAGUUUGCCAUAUGAUGGUACUCCAAAAAUUAAACAGGCUGGGCGUUACAUAAUGGUUAUAACUUCUGAUCAAGUGAUAGUUACAUUUGAUGGAAGAGAAGUUGUUGAAAUAACUGUUCCUGAAUCUUAUCGAGCUACCAAGAAAAAAAAUAGUUUAGUUGGUUUAUGUGGUAAUUUUGAUGGUGAUCAUCGAAAUGAUUUUGUUGAUUUUAGUGGAAUUCAACGUUCAAAUGUUAAAGAGUUUGCAAGCGUAUUUCAAACCAACAAGGGUUUAUGUUCUGAAAAUUUCACUCCAAUACCUUUUUAUAAUCCUACUGGAAGUGAUAUCUUUGUCUAUGAAAAUGCUGAAAGAAUUUGCUCUAUUAUUGAAACAGAAGCUUUUAAACCAUGUCAUGAUGUGUUGGACCCAGAAGUUUACAAGUUAAUAUGUAUGCAAGAAGUUUUACAUUGCAAUUAUGACCUGAGAAGUGACUGUAUCUGUGGAGCUCUUUCACAGUAUUCAAGAGUUUGUUUAAAACUAGGGAAAGAAAUCAAAUGGAGAACCCCUGCUUUAUGUCCUGUGACAUGCAAAGGUGAUAUGCAGUAUUAUGAUUGUGGUAGUGCUUGCCCAAAGAUGUGUGAUAAUCUAAUGAGUAGUACCAAGUGUAUAGCAGAUUGUGUUGAUGGUUGUCAUUGUCCACCAGAUCUUUAUUUUGACACUGCAACAGACCGUUGCAUACCUCGCAGUCAGUGUUCGUGCUAUAAAGAUGGUGUAAGGUAUCCACAUGGAAGUGUGCGCAAUGGCCAAUGUGAAGAUUGUACAUGCAAUGGUGGGGCAUGGUCAUGCUCUAAAAAACCAUGUGCUGCCUCUUGUCAUAUCUAUGGGGAUCCUCAUAUUAAAACAUUUGAUGGUAAGCAAUAUGACAUGUAUGGCCAAUGUAGCUAUGUAUUAAUGGACCACUGCCAUUAUGGUACCGGUAAAAAGGAAUUUGAGAUUAUUGUAAAAAAUUCAAAAUGUAGCGAUAACACAAUAUAUACCUCCUGUGUCAGAUCAUUGCUGGUAAACCUUACUUCAAUAAAUACCAGAAUAAACUUUGAUUCAAUUUCUGAUGGAAGCCAAAAUUCAAGGAAAUACCCAUUAGUUACUGUAAAUGGAGUUGAAACCUCAUUUGUUAUCACUGAUCAAUACCAGAUUGCAAUUAUUGGAGAUGAAAAUGUUGUUUUUCAAUAUCAGAAAACAAAGUUUAUGAUUCAUUGGACAAGUGAGAACAUUUACAUUACAGUAGGCCAUGAGUUUGAAAAUCAAACAUGUGGUUUAUGUGGGACUUACAAUCAAAAUAAGCAAGAUGAUUUUCACACUCGGUCUGACUCAGUUGAAACAAGUGUGACAGCGUUCACACAAGCUUGGAUAUAUAAUGAUAAUGAUGUGAACCAAGAUCCAUUAAAAUGCCAUUCAUCUCUUUGGGAAAUCAGUGAAAAACCUUGUCAGAUUUAUGCAACUAAUUUACCUUAUGCAAAAGAUAGUUGUAGCAUUAUAAACAAUUUAUCUGGGCCUUUUGCUGCAUGUCAUAAUGUUGUUCCGCCAUCUUUUCACUAUGAAAGUUGUUUGCAAGAUGCAUGCAAAUGUCAAAACUGCUAUUGUAGUGUAGUUUCUCAAUACGCAAAGCUAUGCAUGGAUAAAGGGAUUUUAGUUCAUGGAUGGAGAGAUGAAACAAAAGAAUGCUCUAUGAAUUGUCCUGCACCAAAAAUUAAUAGACAAUGCAAUACAGAUGUAAGCGGGUUAACAUUAAAGUGUCCAGCUACAUGUCUGGAUAUUUCAACAAAUGAUACUGAUGCUUGUUCAAUUCGAGGUUGUGUUGAAGGAUGCUUCUGUCCAGAAGGUUAUUUUGAAGAUAACAAUCAAGAAUGUGUGAAAAAAGAGAAAUGUCCGUGUUUUCAUAACAAUCUUAUUUAUCAAUUUGGUGAAACAAGACAAGAUCGCUGUAAUAACUGUACAUGUGUUGGAGGAAAAUUUGAAUGCACAAAUAUAAAUUGUGAAGGUCAUUGUGAAGAAAAAGGUCUUCAAUAUUCUGAUUGUGGCUUGACUUGUUCAAACUUUAAACUUACUAAACAAGAUUUGCGAUGUCAAUCAGGCUGUUUUUGUCGAGAUGGAAAAGUUAUGCAUGAAAAUGGAUCAUGUGUUGAGCCAAACACUCAGUGUCAGUGCAAAGAGGCUGAACAAUUUUACAACAUGGGUGAUACUUCUCCUUCAGAUUGUGCUAAGGUAUGCAAUGGUGAUCGAACUUGGAAACAGCUUUCUGGUGUAGAUGCUAAGCCUCAGUAUGAUUGUGCAGCAUUUGGUCAAAUGCAUUAUCGUACAUUUGAUGGGAAAAUGUAUAAGUUUGAUGGUGGAAAAUGCCAAUAUAUAAUGAUGUCUGAUUGUAAAAAAAAUGGUCAAAGUCAGUUCUGUGACCUACUUCAAGCAAACUUUAAUGUACGAGUUCGCAAUACAAGAUGCAUUGAUAGUUAUGAGCAAUAUAUGUGCAAAGAAGUAACAAUUGAGAUGCGAAUGACUGAUGGAAGUAUGGCAGAAAUUGUUUUGCUACAAGAAAAUGUUGAUGUUUAUCAUCAUGAAACAAAACUUUCUUUUAAAAAAGGAAAUUAUCCUCAGCCAUUAAAAAAUGUUAUCGAUGGACUUGAAAUUUUUAAGUCUGGAUUAUUCAUUAUUGUACGUGCGUAUAAGCUGGAUUAUACAGUUAAAUAUGAUCAACACAAUCGUGUCUAUGUUAUACCUGGUGUUAAGCAUAAAUGGAGUGGAAAUUUUGCUGGUCUUUGUGGAAAUUUUAAUGGUAAAGAUGAAGAUGAUUUUCAAAAACUUGAUAAUUUGCCAGCUGAUAAUGCUUUGCAGUUUGCAAAGUCUUGGACUGAUGAAGCAUCUAGUUGUUCACCACCAAUAGACUUAGAUACAUGUACUGCUAAUCCAGAAUAUCUUCCUUGGGCACAGAAAGGAUGUAACAUCAUUAAAACAGGAAAUUUCACUACUUGCCAUAAAGCAGUUAAUCCAGAACCUUUUGUUGAAUCUUGUAUGCAAGAAACUUGCUUGUGCAAGUCUGGGGGUGAUUGUGCUUGCUUUUGCUCUGCAGUAUCAGCAUAUGUUCAGGAAUGUAACAGGCAUGGUGUCCCAAUAUAUUGGAGAAGAGAAGGACUUUGCAAAUUGGAUUGUUGUGAUCCUUGUGGACAUUCAUAUGGAUAUUAUGCAGAUAACAAAAUACCACAAACGUGUAAUAAGGAAGAAAAAAAAUGUGAUCCAAAAGAGCGAUGCUGUAAGGGUGCUAUUGUUGAGGGGUGCGGUUGUCCUGAAGGAACAUAUGAUGACGGCCAUCAUUGUCAAAACAUUACUAAAGAAGAUAAUAUAUUGUGUUCUUCAUCUAUUAUUCAACAUACAUCCAGUACAAUGGCACCAUCCAUUUUUUCUUCAUAUUCAAUUUCUUCUACUCCACAAAAAACAAAAACUCCGUUAUUAAGUAGUACUGCUGAGUUACUAAGUUCUUCAGCAAUAGUAAAUAGCAUAGUUACAUCACAAAUCCAAUCAUCAGAGUCAAUACAUUUAAUAAGUACAAGUAUGUUACCUCCUUCUGUGGCAACGGAAACACUUAAAGUUCAAACUACAUUACAAUCAGUAUUCAGUACCAUAGUUGAAUCAUCAUUUUCAACAUUGAUAAUAUCAUCUAUUAAAUCAUCAGAAAACAUACAAAGUACCAGUGUUACUGAAAGUCAGAAAGUUAAGACAUCAUUUGUAACAGAACCAACUACAACAGUGUUUGUAACUUCAAUUACUCCACCAGUGACUACAGUUGUUGCAAGUACUGCUGUGCCACCACCAGCUUCUUCUGUUGAAACAGUUGUAGAGACAUCAGCUGAGGUUUACAAAACUUCGUCUUAUUUGGUUUCAGUAUCCAGUGAAAGCACUGAACUCCCUCCACCAACAUCUUAUAUUGAAACACUUUACUCUACUGCAUUUGUUCAUCCUACAACAUCAGUUGAGGUUCCCGAAACAAGUUCUAGUGAAUAUACUGAGUCGAUUUCAACUAGCGUUUUACCUGAGACAUCUUUUAUUUUUAUUACAUCAACAUACUCCUUUAUUGAACCAUCAUCAUCUAUUGUGGAGAUUUCUAGUAGCACUGAGUUUGUUUUACCAACUAGCUCUAUUGAACAGACAAUCAUUGUAGAAUCAAGCACUGAUGUUACUGAGAGUCAGAAAGUUAAGACAUCAUUUGUAACAGAACCAACUACAACAGUGUUUGUAACUUCAAUUACUCCACCAGUGACUACAGUUGUUGCAAGUACUGCUGUGCCCCCACCAGCUUCUUCUGUUGAAACAGUUGUAGAGACAUCAGCUGAGGUUUACAAAACUUCAUCUUAUUUGGUUUCAGUAUCCAGUGAAAGCACUGAACUCCCUCCACCAACAUCCUAUAUUGAAACACUUUACUCUACUGCAUUUGUUCAUCCUACUACAUCAGUUGAGGUUCCCGAAACGAGUUCUAGUGAAUAUACUGAGUCGAUUUCAACUAGCGUUUUACCUGAGACAUCUUUUAUUUCUAUUACAUCAACAUACUCCUUUGUUGAACCAUCAUCUAUUGUAGAGAUUUCUAGUAGCGCUGAGUUUGUUUUACCAACUAGCUCUAUUGAACAGACAGUCAUUGUAGAAUCAAGCACUGAUGUUACUGAGAGUCAGAAAGUUAAGACGUCAUUUGUAACAGAACCAACUACAACAGUGUUUGUAACUUCAAUUACUCCACCAGUGACUACAGUUGUUGCAAGUACUGCUGUGCCCCCACCAGCUUCUUCUGUUGAAACAGUUGUAGAGACAUCAGCUGAGGUUUACAAAACUUCAUCUUAUUUGGUUUUAGUAUCCAGUGAAAGCACUGAACUCCCUCCACCAACAUCCUAUAUUGAAACACUUUACUCUACUGCAUUUGUUCAUCCUACUACAUCAGUUGAGGUUCCCGAAACGAGUUCUAGUGAAUAUACUGAGUCGAUUUCAACUAGCGUUUUACCUGAGACAUCUUUUAUUUCUAUUACAUCAACAUACUCCUUUGUUGAACCAUCAUCUAUUGUAGAGAUUUCUAGUAGCGCUGAGUUUGUUUUACCAACUAGCUCUAUUGAACAGACAGUCAUUGUAGAAUCAAGCACUGAUGUUACUGAGAGUCAGAAAGUUAAGACGUCAUUUGUAACAGAACCAACUACAACAGUGUUUGUAACUUCAAUUACUCCACCAGUGACUACAGUUGUUGCAAGUACUGCUGUGCCCCCACCAGCUUCUUCUGUUGAAACAGUUGUAGAGACAUCAGCUGAGGUUUACAAAACUUCAUCUUAUUUGGUUUCAGUAUCCAGUGAAAGCACUGAACUCCCUCCACCAACAUCCUAUAUUGAAACACUUUACUCUACUGCAUUUGUUCAUCCUACUACAUCAGUUGAGGUUCCCGAAACGAGUUCUAGUGAAUAUACUGAGUCGAUUUCAACUAGCGUUUUACCUGAGACAUCUUUUAUUUCUAUUACAUCAACAUACUCCUUUGUUGAACCAUCAUCUAUUGUAGAGAUUUCUAGUAGCGCUGAGUUUGUUUUACCAACUAGCUCUAUUGAACAGACAGUCAUUGUAGAAUCAAGCACUGAUGUUACUGAGAGUCAGAAAGUUAAGACAUCAUUUGUAACAGAACCAACUACAACAGUGUUUGUAACUUCAAUUACUCCACCAGUGACUACAGUUGUUGCAAGUACUGCUGUGCCCCCACCAGCUUCUUCUGUUGAAACAGUUGUAGAGACAUCAGCUGAGGUUUACAAAACUUCAUCUUAUUUGGUUUUAGUAUCCAGUGAAAGCACUGAACUCCCUCCACCAACAUCCUAUAUUGAAACACUUUACUCUACUGCAUUUGUUCAUCCUACUACAUCAGUUGAGGUUCCCGAAACGAGUUCUAGUGAAUAUACUGAGUCGAUUUUAACUAGCGUUUUACCUGAGACAUCUUUUAUUUCUAUUACAUCAACAUACUCCUUUGUUGAACCAUCAUCUAUUGUAGAGAUUUCUAGUAGCGCUGAGUUUGUUUUACCAACUAGCUCUAUUGAACAGACAGUCAUUGUAGAAUCAAGCACUGAUGUUACUGAGAGUCAGAAAGUUAAGACGUCAUUUGUAACAGAACCAACUACAACAGUGUUUGUAACUUCAAUUACUCCACCAGUGACUACAGUUGUUGCAAGUACUGCUGUACCCCCACCAGCUUCUUCUGUUGAAACAGUUGUAGAGACAUCAGCUGAAGUUUACAAAACUUCAUCUUAUUUGGUUUCAGUAUCCAGUGAAAGCACUGAACUCCCUCCACCAACAUCCUAUAUUGAAACACUUUACUCUACUGCAUUUGUUCAUCCUACUACAUCAGUUGAGGUUCCCGAAACGAGUUCUAGUGAAUAUACUGAGUCGAUUUCAACUAGCGUUUUACCUGAGACAUCUUUUAUUUCUAUUACAUCAACAUACUCCUUUGUUGAACCAUCAUCUAUUGUAGAGAUUUCUAGUAGCGCUGAGUUUGUUUUACCAACUAGCUCUAUUGAACAGACAGUCAUUGUAGAAUCAAGCACUGAUGUUACUGAGAGUCAGAAAGUUAAGACAUCAUUUGUAACAGAACCAACUACAACAGUGUUUGUAACUUCAAUUACUCCACCAGUGACUACAGUUGUUGCAAGUACUGCUGUGCCACCACCAGCUUCUUCUGUUGAAACAGUUGUAGAGACAUCAGCUGAGGUUUACAAAACUUCAUCUUAUUUGGUUUCAGUAUCCAGUGAAAGCACUGAACUCCCUCCACCAACAUCCUAUAUUGAAACACUUUACUCUACUGCAUUUGUUCAUCCUACUACAUCAGUUGAGGUUCCCGAAACGAGUUCUAGUGAAUAUACUGAGUCGAUUUCAACUAGCGUUUUACCUGAGACAUCUUUUAUUUCUAUUACAUCAACAUACUCCUUUGUUGAACCAUCAUCUAUUGUAGAGAUUUCUAGUAGCGCUGAGUUUGUUUUACCAACUAGCUCUAUUGAACAGACAGUCAUUGUAGAAUCAAGCACUGAUGUUACUGAGAGUCAGAAAGUUAAGACAUCAUUUGUAACAGAACCAACUACAACAGUGUUUGUAACUUCAAUUACUCCACCAGUGACUACAGUUGUUGCAAGUACUGCUGUGCCACCACCAGCUUCUUCUGUUGAAACAGUUGUAGAGACAUCAGCUGAGGUUUACAAAACUUCGUCUUAUUUGGUUUCAGUAUCCAGUGAAAGCACUGAACUCCCUCCACCAACAUCUUAUAUUGAAACACUUUACUCUACUGCAUUUGUUCAUCCUACAACAUCAGUUGAGGUUCCCGAAACUAGUUCUAGUGAAUAUACUGAGUCGAUUUCAACUAGCGUUUUACCUGAGACAUCUUUUAUUUUUAUUACAUCAACAUACUCCUUUAUUGAACCAUCAUCAUCUAUUGUGGAGAUUUCUAGUAGCACUGAGUUUGUUUUACCAACUAGCUCUAUUGAACAGACAAUCAUUGUAGAAUCAAGCACUGAUGUUACUGAGAGUCAGAAAGUUAAGACAUCAUUUGUAACAGAACCAACUACAACAGUGUUUGUAACUUCAAUUACUCCACCAGUGACUACAGUUGUUGCAAGUACUGCUGUGCCACCACCAGCUUCUUCUGUUGAAACAGUUGUAGAGACAUCAGCUGAGGUUUACAAAACUUCGUCUUAUUUGGUUUCAGUAUCCAGUGAAAGCACUGAACUCCCUCCACCAACAUCUUAUAUUGAAACACUUUACUCUACUGCAUUUGUUCAUCCUACAACAUCAGUUGAGGUUCCCGAAACAAGUUCUAGUGAAUAUACUGAGUCGAUUUCAACUAGCGUUUUACCUGAGACAUCUUUUAUUUUUAUUACAUCAACAUACUCCUUUAUUGAACCAUCAUCAUCUAUUGUGGAGAUUUCUAGUAGCACUGAGUUUGUUUUACCAACUAGCUCUAUUGAACAGACAAUCAUUGUAGAAUCAAGCACUGAUGUUACUGAGAGUCAGAAAGUUAAGACAUCAUUUGUAACAGAACCAACUACAACAGUGUUUGUAACUUCAAUUACUCCACCAGUGACUACAGUUGUUGCAAGUACUGCUGUGCCCCCACCAGCUUCUUCUGUUGAAACAGUUGUAGAGACAUCAGCUGAGGUUUACAAAACUUCAUCUUAUUUGGUUUCAGUAUCCAGUGAAAGCACUGAACUCCCUCCACCAACAUCCUAUAUUGAAACACUUUACUCUACUGCAUUUGUUCAUCCUACAACAUCAGUUGAGGUUCCCGAAACGAGUUCUAGUGAAUAUUCUGAGUCGAUUUCAACUAGCGUUUUACCUGAGACAUCUUUUAUUUUUAUUACAUCAACAUACUCCUUUAUUGAACCAUCAUCAUCUAUUGUGGAGAUUUCUAGUAGCACUGAGUUUGUUUUACCAACUAGCUCUAUUGAACAGACAAUCAUUGUAGAAUCAAGCACUGAUGUUACUGAGAGUCAGAAAGUUAAGACAUCAUUUGUAACAGAACCAACUACAACAGUGUUUGUAACUUCAAUUACUCCACCAGUGACUACAGUUGUUGCAAGUACUGCUGUGCCCCCACCAGCUUCUUCUGUUGAAACAGUUGUAGAGACAUCAGCUGAGGUUUACAAAACUUCAUCUUAUUUGGUUUCAGUAUCCAGUGAAAGCACUGAACUCCCUCCACCAACAUCCUAUAUUGAAACACUUUACUCUACUGCAUUUGUUCAUCCUACAUCAUCAGUUGAGGUUCCCGAAACGAGUUCUAGUGAAUAUACUGAGUCGAUUUCAACUAGCGUUUUACCUGAGACAUCUUUUAUUUUUAUUACAUCAACAUACUCCUUUAUUGAACCAUCAUCAUCUAUUGUGGAGAUUUCUAGUAGCACUGAGUUUGUUUUACCAACUAGCUCUAUUGAACAGACAAUCAUUGUAGAAUCAAGCACUGAUGUUACUGAGAGUCAGAAAGUUAAGACAUCAUUUGUAACAGAACCAACUACAACAGUGUUUGUAACUUCAAUUACUCCACCAGUGACUACAGUUGUUGCAAGUACUGCUGUACCCCCACCAGCUUCUUCUGUUGAAACAGUUGUAGAGACAUCAGCUGAAGUUUACAAAACUUCAUCUUAUUUGGUUACAGUAUCCAGUGAAAGCACUGAACUCCCUCCACCAACAUCCUAUAUUGAAACACUUUACUCUACUGCAUUUGUUCAUCCUACUACAUCAGUUGAGGUUCCCGAAACUAGUUCUAGUGAAUAUACUGAGUCGAUUUCAACUAGCGUUUUACCUGAGACAUCUUUUAUUUUUAUUACAUCAACAUACUCCUUUGUUGAACCAUCAUCAUUUAUUGUUGAGAUUUCUAGUAGCACUGAGUUUGUUUUACCAACUAGCAGUAUUGAACAGACAUCAGAAUCAUUUUCGUCUACAGAUUUUUUUACUUCUUUUCCUUCAUCAACAUUUGUUUUGCCAUCUCCAACCAGUACUUUUGUUUUUCCUUCAGAUUUGCCUUUAUCAACUCUUCCUCGAUCACUUUUGACAGAUAAUAUAGUGACUCUGUCAACUACUUUGAGUAGCAGUUCAUUUGAAGUAUUUAAAAAGUCUUCAAGUCAAAAGACCUUGGUUUUUCCAACAAAAAGCAUACCAACCAAAACAACAAGGUUGCUUCAAUCAUCAGUUUUGUAUAUAAGUUCAGCUCCACCAGUGACUAUAGUUGUUGCAAGUACUGCUGUGCCCCCACCAGCUUCUUCUGUUGAAACAGUUGUAGAAACAUCAGCUGAGGUUUACAAAACUUCAUCUUAUUUGGUUUCAUUAUCCAGUGAAAGCACUGAACUCCCUCCACCAACAUCUUAUAUUGAAACACUUUACUCUACUGCAUUUGUUCAUCCUACAACAUCAGUUGAGGUUCCCGAAACAAGUUCUAGUGAAUAUACUGAGUCGAUUUCAACUAGCGUUUUACCUGAGACAUCUUUUAUUUCUAUUACAUCAACAUACUCCUUUGUUGAGCCAUCAUCAUCUAUUGUGGAGAUUUCUAGUAGCGCUGAGUUUGUUUUACCAACUAGCUCUAUUGAACAGACAGUCAUUGUAGAAUCAAGCACUGAUGUUACUGAGAGUCAGAAAGUUAAGACAUCAUUUGUAACAGAACCAACUACAACAGUGUUUGUAACUUCAAUUACUCCACCAGUGACUACAGUUGUUGCAAGUACUGCUGUGCCACCACCAGCUUCUUCUGUUGAAACAGUUGUAGAGACAUCAGCUGAGGUUUACAAAACUUCAUCUUAUUUGGUUUCAGUAUCCAGUGAAAGCACUGAACUCCCUCCACCAACAUCUUAUAUUGAAACACUUUACUCUACUGCAUUUGUUCAUCCUACUACAUCAGUUGAGGUUCCCGAAACGAGUUCUAGUGAAUAUACUGAGUCGAUUUCAACUAGCGUUUUACCUGAGACAUCUUUUAUUUCUAUUACAUCAACAUAUUCCUUUGUUGAGCCAUCAUCAUCUAUUUUGGAGAUUUCUAGUAGCGCUGAGUUUGUUUUACCAACUAGCUCUAUUGAACAGACAGUCAUUGUAGAAUCAAGUACUGAUGUUACUGAGAGUCAGAAAGUUAAGACAUCAUUUGUAACAGAACCAACUACAACAGUGUUUGUAACUUCAAUUACUCCACCAGUGACUACAGUUGUAGCAAGUACUGCUGUGCCACCACCAGCUUCUUCUGUUGAAACAGUUGUAGAGACAUCAGCUGAGGUUUACAAAACUUCUUCUUAUUUGGUUUCAGUAUCCAGUGAAAGCACUGAACUCCCUCCACCAACAUCUUAUAUUGAAACACUUUACUCUACUGCAUUUGUUCAUCCUACUACAUCAGUUGAGGUUCCCGAAACUAGUUCUAGUGAAUAUACUGAUUCGAUUUCAACUAGCGUUUUACCUGAGACAUCUUUUAUUUCUAUUACAUCAACAUACUCCUUUGUUGAGCCAUCAUCAUCUAUUGUGGAGAUUUCUAGUAGCGCUGAGUUUGUUUUACCAACUAGCUCUAUUGAACAGACAGUCAUUGUAGAAUCAAGCACUGAUGUUACUGAGAGUCAGAAAGUUAAGACAUCAUUUGUAACAGAACCAACUACAACAGUGUUUGUAACUUCAAUUACUCCACCAGUGACUACAGUUGUUGCAAGUACUGCUGUGCCACCACCAGCUUCUUCUGUUGAAACAGUUGUAGAGACAUCAGCUGAGGUUUACAAAACUUCGUCUUAUUUGGUUUCAGUAUCCAGUGAAAGCACUGAACUCCCUCCACCAACAUCUUAUAUUGAAACACUUUACUCUACUGCAUUUGUUCAUCCUACUACAUCAGUUGAGGUUCCCGAAACUAGUUCUAGUGAAUAUACUGAGUCGAUUUCAACUAGCGUUUUACCUGAGACAUCUUUUAUUUCUAUUACAUCAACAUACUCCUUUGUUGAGCCAUCAUCAUCUAUUGUGGAGAUUUCUAGUAGCGCUGAGUUUGUUUUACCAACUAGCUCUAUUGAACAGACAGUCAUUGUAGAAUCAAGUACUGAUGUUACUGAGAGUCAGAAAGUUAAGACAUCAUUUGUAACAGAACCAACUACAACAGUGUUUGUAACUUCAAUUACUCCACCAGUGACUACAGUUGUUGCAAGUACUGCUGUGCCACCACCAGCUUCUUCUGUUGAAACAGUUGUAGAGACAUCAGCUGAGGUUUACAAAACUUCGUCUUAUUUGGUUUCAGUAUCCAGUGAAAGCACUGAACUCCCUCCACCAACAUCUUAUAUUGAAACACUUUACUCUACUGCAUUUGUUCAUCCUACUACAUCAGUUGAGGUUCCCGAAACUAGUUCUAGUGAAUAUACUGAGUCGAUUUCAACUAGCGUUUUACCUGAGACAUCUUUUAUUUCUAUUACAUCAACAUACUCCUUUGUUGAGCCAUCAUCAUCUAUUGUGGAGAUUUCUAGUAGCGCUGAGUUUGUUUUACCAACUAGCUCUAUUGAACAGACAGUCAUUGUAGAAUCAAGUACUGAUGUUACUGAGAGUCAGAAAGUUAAGACAUCAUUUGUAACAGAACCAACUACAACAGUGUUUGUAACUUCAAUUACUCCACCAGUGACUACAGUUGUUGCAAGUACUGCUGUGCCACCACCAGCUUCUUCUGUUGAAACAGUUGUAGAGACAUCAGCUGAGGUUUACAAAACUUCGUCUUAUUUGGUUUCAGUAUCCAGUGAAAGCACUGAACUCCCUCCACCAACAUCUUAUAUUGAAACACUUUACUCUACUGCAUUUGUUCAUCCUACUACAUCAGUUGAGGUUCCCGAAACUAGUUCCAGUGAAUAUACAACAGUGUUUGUAACUUCAAAAUCAUUUAGUACUAUUUCGCUUGGAACUUCUUAUAUUUCUAAAGUGGCAACUUCAGAAGCUUUUUCAAGCAAUCCUGGCCCACAAUCUACUUUAAGGUUGUUUUCUAUUUCAACAUUUUCAUCUCAUUUUGGUACUUUUUCAUCAACGUUAAAAUAUUCAAUUUUGCCAUCUAUUUCUUCUAUAUCAGUUGUUCCAACAUCUUCAGUUUUUUGCCCUGCUUGUUUCUAUAGAGGAAGCUUGUAUGGGGUUGGUGAAAGUUGGCAAGACGCUCGUAAAUGUACCAACUUUACCUGUACACUUGUUUCUAACCCUUGCUAUCCGUCUAAUACCAGCGCUCAGAUAGAAGCAAAGUCAGAAGUGUGUCAACCGUGUCCUUCUGGAUAUAUAUCAGUUACUCGUCCAAAUCAGUGUUGUCCAAAUUGCAUACCUUCCGAAAAACCAUUUUGUGACCGAAAAGUAUUUGGUAUGGAAAAAUUAGUUGAAGAAGAUUCUGAGCUAGGAAGAUGCGAAUCAACUAAGAAAUAUUUGAUUACAGGAUGCGGUGGUUUUUGUGAUUCGACAAUAAAAGCUGCAGUUGGUAAGAGAGUGUUUACACCUAGCUGUUCCUGUUGUCAACCUUUACGUGUUGUUUCCUUUAAUGUGCCAAUGGUGUGUGAAGAUGGUUAUAGGUAUACUACCAUAUUCCAUGAUAUUCAAUCAUGUAACUGUAGUUCAAGUUGUCAUAAAAAGCCAGAUCAGAUUGAGUUGAUAGAUACGAAUGAAGAAAAGAGAACAAUCAGUUUUCAAAAAAUUGCAAAACUUAGGAACGAUGGACAACAACAUCAAAAAAAUAUUAUCGACCAUGCUUUUGUUCAUUUAAAAAAAAGAAGUCAUUAGAACAAUUUAAACAUUUUGAAAUUAAAACAUUUUAACAUAUGUUAAGCAUGAAAAAAAAAGUUCUAAAAUA